AUGCCAACUGUCUCCACUGUCAAUCGAACGGCACCACUCCUCCUCCUGUUGCUAUGGGCGAUCUGCCCCACCAUGGCAACCAACUGGCUCUCCCUGGCGAGGCUGCCGCGCUCCAGGCCUGUGUCGGGGGCUGCUCCGUGCGCGCGGCUCAGGGGGCUGACCCCGGGGCAGGUGGGAGUGUGCAGGGCAAGGGGGGAGGUCAUGGAGUCUGUGCGGAAAGCAGCCGAGAUGGUCAUAGAAGAGUGCCAGCACCAGUUCAGAAACCGUCGAUGGAACUGCUCCACGACUCCUCGAGGAAUCAAUGUGUUUGGAAGAGUAAUGAACCAAGGCACUCGUGAGGCGGCCUUCGUGCACGCGCUGUCCUCCGCUGCAGUGGCUGUGGCCGUGACGCGCGCCUGCACCCGGGGGGAGUUAGAGCGCUGCGGCUGCGACAGGAAGGUCAGGGGGGUCAGCCCAGAGGGGUUCCAGUGGUCCGGGUGCAGUGAUAACCUCUCCUAUGGAGUGGCGUUCUCCCAAACGUUUGUGGAUGAACCGGAGCGAGCCAAAGGGCUGUCCGCUGGCCGACCGCUCAUGAACCUACACAACAACGAGGCAGGAAGAAAGGCCAUCCUCCACAACAUGCAGGUGGAGUGUAAGUGUCACGGCGUCUCUGGCUCCUGCGAGCUCAGGACCUGCUGGAAGGUCAUGCCCCCGUUCAGGAGGGUGGGCGUCGUGCUUAAAGAGCGCUUUGACGGAGCAACUGAGGUUCGGCUCACUCGUAUUGGUUCGCGGCCGGCCUUGUUGCCUCGAGACCCCCAGGUUAAACCGCCUGCUGCCAGGGACCUGCUCUACCUGGCUCCCUCCCCAGACUUCUGUCACCUGGACCCAGACAACGGGAUUCCUGGGACCGCAGGCCGAAGGUGCAAUGGGACGUCCCGCUUGGCUCCGGACGGCUGCGAGCUGGUGUGCUGCGGGCCCGGGUACAGGGCGGGCCGGGCCGAGGUGGUACAGCGCUGCUCCUGCAAGUUCUCCUGGUGCUGCUCAGUGCGCUGUCAGCAAUGCAAAAACACUGUCACCAUUCACACGUGCAGAGUCUAAAGUCCUACAAAUAUCUGACACAUGUCCUACAAAAGGGAAAUGACUGAGGAAUUAACACGUAACAGACCAACAGACAGACACGAGAUGGUCCACGGGCUGUGUACGCUGCAAAAAAGAACGUGCAUUAGUUAAAAUGAUUUGAAUUCAGAAUAUUUAUCUUGAGAAUUGGCAGUUUCCAGAUUCUACAAUGAUAAUGUCAAACUUCUAGAAAACGGAGAUUGAUUUUAUUGUGCUUUGUAUCUGAUGAAUGGCAAAACUUCUCUCUAAAAACCAGACAGAAUUUAAUUUUCUUUUACAUAACCUACCGAGAUGACAGCGGGGUUACACAGACAUAUUCAUUUUGGCUUCCUCCAUCUGUAUUAAAUAUUAUUGGCCUACAAAGUAUUAUUAUGUCCCAGAUAUUAGUUGUAUUUCAUUCGUACUGACCAACAGUGGUUCAAGCUUGUAAUGUUUCUGAUUCUUUUACUACUGCCCUCUGGUGGUCUUCAGAGCCUCAUAGAACCCUGGUUAUUCCUGUAACUACUGAUUUAUCUAUUAUUUAUUUAGAUUAUUUGUUGAAAGUGAAGGCAUUUCCCUACUUUACAUAUAUAAUGUGGAGAAAAUUUGCAUUACUUUUGAUGCAAAUAGAUUUAAAUCAAUAUACAGGUAAAUAUCCUAAAAUAAUCUUGACAAACUAAUUAAAAACCUCGACUUAUAAGUUUCAUAAUUAAAUAAAUAUUCUGAAUUCAAGUGCUUUUGAGUUUUGAGUUUUGCAGUGUGCAUGUAAAUAAUCAGCAGAUGAUCGUUUUGGCUCAACUCUGAGCUUUUUCACGAAGAAAACAUAAAUAGUGAGACAAAUACAGACAUGCUCCGACAGGCAGGCUUGUAUCCACACACGGGGCUGGGUCAUAUCACAUCGCUCCACCACAGAGACCAUUUUCACUGAGCCGACAAAGCUUAAACAGCUGAACUUAACCACAACUAACAGAGAAUGUGUACAAUUUACAUCUAUGGUGUUUAAUUCAAAGUAGCAAAUGUUUGUACAUCAAGAGGUCAAAAUGUCUCAUCUUCAUUUGGGUUAUUUAUUUGUUUAAUGCCAUGUACCAGUGUAAUCUGAGCUUCACUGUAUUAACAUCAGAGUCUGUCUUGUGCUUUGUCCAUUAUUGUACAUUUUUGCACAUGCAUUUCCUGUAGAUCUGUUUGAUGCAUCUA